AUGGCCAUUUCCAUGGUUUUCAUUGCUUUUAUGAUAGCAAUUUCCAUCAUUUCCUUGUCGAAAUUUCCAUUGACUGAAGCAGGCACAAGUGGUUUUUCCAUUGAUCUAAUCCAUAGAGACUCUCCACAGUCUCCGUCGUAUAAUUCUUCGUUAGUGCCUUUACAACGUUCCAUCAAUGGUUUGAUAAGAUCAUAUAAUCGUCUCAAUCGUUUUACGAAGGAUUACUCCAAAAAAUCGACAGGAACAGAUAUUAUUUCUGAUAAUGGUGAAUAUCUCAUGAAAUUUUAUCUUGGGACACCGCCAGUUCCCAUCUUAGCGAUAUUCGAUACUGGCAGUGAUCUUAUUUGGACACAAUGCCAACCUUGUAUCCAAUGCUUUAAGCAAAAGUAUCCUGUCUUUAAUCCCGCUAAUUCUUCCACAUAUGAAAAGCUUGCUUGCGGUUCUUCCUCCUGUAAGGCUUUUCCAGAUUCAACUUGUGACAAGAAUAACAAAACUUGCUUAUAUUCCCAGUAUUAUGCUGAUGGAUCAUUUACCAAUGGCAUAAUUGUAAACGAAACCUUUACGCUAGGCGCUACUAAAGGAAGAAAUAUAUCGUUUUCCAAUGCUAUAAUUGGAUGUGGAGUUGAAAAUGAUGGUAUAUUUAACGCUGGUGAAUCAGGCAUUGCUGGUUUUGGAAUUGGAAACGUCUCGUUAAUUUCACAACUAAGCUCUUCAGUUAAACGGAGAUUUUCUUAUUGCUUGUUGUCGGAUUCAUCGGAGGCCUCAAACUCCGGUACACUGAAUUUUGGUAAAAAGGUGUCUGGUCCAAGGGCCGUAUCAACUCCUAUGGUUCUCAAAACCGGAUCAACUUUCUAUUAUUUGACAUUGGAAGGAAUCAGUUUAGGGAAUAAGAGAUUGGAUUUCUUCGAUCCCUCGAUCAUGACAAAUGCUACCAAGGCUUCUAAAGAAGGCAACAUGAUCAUAGAUUCUGGAACAACACUGACUUUCUUGCCUACAGAUUUGUACAGCAAGCUCAUAAAAGCAUUGGAGAGAACGAUUAAGUUGAGACGUGUCAACGAUCCAUUGAUAAUUUUGGACUUAUGCUACUAUUCUAAGAAGUAUAUAAAAGUUCCAGUGAUUACUGUUCACUUUAAAGGAGCUGAUGUGAAGUUGAAAUCAGAAAACACAUUUAUCGAACUGAAAAAGAAUGUCUAUUGCUUGGCAUUCGGACCAGCAGUAGAAGUUGGCCUUUUUGGUAACUUCGCACAACGAAACUUCCAAGUAGGCUAUGACCUAAUCAAGAAGACUGUAUCCUUUAAGCCCACUAAUUGCAGUAGAUCUUGA